CAGAGUGCUGCUGCAUUUCUCGGAAGCGCCACUCGACAAUUUACAGGCACAUAAUGAGGAUAACCGAGAGCAUACGGAUACUGGGUCUUCGACGCAUUGGGGCCAUCGCUGUGCUCACUCCAGUUUCACGAUUUCCAACCACCUCAUGCAUUCCAGCCGCACAAGCGGCAGGCAACGGCGGUGUCAUUUACUGAUUCACCUCUCUUGUUACGUCAUGUUCGAAGCCUACUGCCAAUGGUAUUCCAGGAAUGGAACCAUGGCUUUGUUCGCGAAUUUUCUGACGUUUUACUCUCCAGGCUUCUCUUGUGGCAUUUGCGAUCGGCUGCGUUGGUGUGGGUGGGGAAAAGGGAACGGGCAGAGACAAUUAGGCCCAGGUCGUAUGUCGCAUCAGACGACAGAGCGCGGGAGACAAAAGAAGGGUUCGAAAAGCCGGCGGGUCAGCAAAAAAACUGAUGAGGGGAGGGAGUCCUUUCUGAAGGUGAUGCUGUAGGGUAGGGCUUUUUCGAGCAGCAACCGGGCGAGGCUGCCAUAGCUUCAUGCCUGUUGUG